CCCUCCUGCAGGUUCAUUAAGAUGGACAACAGGGAACUGCCCACACUGUUGAAUCUUUCUAUACAGCGUCUACUGAAUAAUGAGCCUGCAGCAAUUCAUGCUCUCAAGGUGAUACCAAGGGAGCUUUUUGUUCCAUUGUUCUCUGCUGCCUUCAAGGGUGGGCAUAAGAAUAUAGUGAAAGCAAUGGUGAAGGUUUGGCCCUUUAUGUGUCUCCACAUUGGAUCAUUAAGGACACGGGAGUCCCAGCGGGAACUCCUGAAAGCCAUGGUCAAGAGUCUUCAGUUCCUACCUGUCCAGAACUCAGCUUCUAGGAGCCCUAAACUGAGGAUCCUAGAUUUAAGGCAGGAUGUUGGCUGCAAGAUCAUCUGUCCGGAGAGCAGUACUAAGUCACCUGCCUGUUUUCACUGCUGUGCUUACUCUGAGCACUCUAUCUUGAAAAUCGAAGGCCAGUGUAGUAUGGCAAAUUCAGAACCUGAGGCUCAGUCCUCCAGGCAGGCUAUGGAAUUAUUAGUGAACCUUUCCCUUGAUAGAACCUUAAGGGAAACUGAAUUUUUGGUUCUGCUUCUGAAUAAAGUAGAGCAGAGCUCAGGCUCUUUGCACCUGUGCUGCCGAGAUUUGCAAAUAGACAAAUUGUGUGACUGUAGAAACACCCUACAUCAUCUGGAUCUGAAAUGUAUUGAUCACCUGGCAGUUGAUCAUGCUUCUCUGAGUGAGGUCACCACCCUUCUGGCUCGGGUGGUGCACCUGGACAGACUUUGUCUGUGUAAAAUCACUUGUAGAUCUUUAAAUGGGGAAGCCUUUCGAAAUUUUAUCUCUGAGCUUGGGCGUAUGGACCAUCUCAACGAGCUCAACUUGUCCUCUUUCUGCCUCACAGAUCAUCUUGAAAAUGUCCUGAGAGUCCUACCAGCUAGUUUGGAAUUCUUACAUCUACCAUUCUGUGGACUUUCUUACAACGACUUCAAGUUUCUGUCUGAGUGCCCUCAAGCCAACCACUUAAAGCUCCUAAAUAUCAGCAACAACCCAAUGAGCUGGGAAGAUAGUGAGCCCCUUUAUAACCUCCUGCAGAAUAACUCUAGCACCUUGCAACAGCUGGCAAUCAAUCAUUGCCUUCUAACAGACUCUACAAUCUCUGUUCUCAUCUCCGCACUAAAUCACUGUUCUCAACUCCGAAUCCUCAACUUUUCCUCCAAUCCACUUACUAUGACUAUGCUAAUGAGAAUUCUUGAGCACUUAACAUCCUUGGUCCAGUUGAAAUAUGUGUUUUAUCCUAUCCCCGUGCAUUGCUAUGGGAGAUGGCACUAUCAAGACAGUUUAGAUCGACAGAAGCUUGCUGAUGUGCAGGCACGAUUGAAAAGAAUGCUACAAGAGGCAAAAAGGAACGACAUGCAUUGGAUCACUUUCUCUGAUUAAAUUUACAGUCCAACACAA